CGCUCUCUCCCAGCUGAUAGGGUGACGUUCGGUUUGGAGGCUUGGAGAUUGGCUUUUUGAUUUGGCUUCUUGCUGCAGCUUAGUAGGCAAAGCUCUCGGUUCGCCCAGAAACCAGCCCCUCCGCGCGUCUCCUCCGCGAGCGGCGAGGCCGAGACGUAACCCGCGGUGACGGCGUGCGAGGCGGAGACCCCGCGCUCUCCCUGCCCCGGGAAAGCCCCGGCGACGCGACUGCAAGCGGGGGUCCCUAGGAGCCACCAGUACGUGCUGGGCUGCUCGCCUUCCUGCCCCUCCCGGCAGGGAUCCCCCAGCAGCCGGCGGCCGGGACUCCCGGCCUCUCCUAGUCGGGGAUUUCCAGGGGUCUUCGGGCGGGUUUUCCUUGCUCCUAAAAUCGGCGCCUGGGGACCCCUCCCCACGUGCCCCGCCCUGGCCCCAGCCCUCGCGCUCCAGAUGCGCUGCCCGGCAGCUCCCUGAAAGCCGCGGUCCUCGAGCCCUGGCCAGCGGGCGGCGGCGGCGGACUGACAUGCCCCGGACGCGGCUGCGGCCGGCGGGCAGCCCGCGGGGGCGAUGAGCCGCGGCGGCCGGUGAGGAGCUGGGCGGCGGGGGCAUCGCACACCUUCCUCACCCCUUCAUUUGCCCACUCUGCUCGGGAGACCGAGAGGAAACGGUCUCUGGCCUAUCAGGAGGACCAUUGGUGCUGCAGUGGAAGCCAGUGGCUAAGUCUCGUGUAUGGCGUGGUUACGGUUGCAGCCUCUCACCUCUGCCUUCCUCCAUUUUGGGCUGAUUACUUUUGUGCUUUUCCUGAAUGGUCUUCGGGCAGAGGCUGGUGGCUCAGGGGAUGUGCCCAGCACAGGGCAGAACAAUGAAUCCUGUUCGGGAUCAUCGGACUGCAAGGAGGGUGUCAUCUUACCAAUCUGGUACCCGGAGAACCCUUCCCUUGGGGAUAAGAUUGCCAGGGUCAUUGUCUAUUUUGUGGCCCUGAUAUACAUGUUCCUUGGGGUAUCCAUCAUUGCUGACCGCUUCAUGGCAUCUAUUGAAGUCAUCACUUCUCAAGAGAGAGAGGUGACAAUCAAAAAGCCCAAUGGAGAGACCAGCACAACAACGAUUCGGGUAUGGAACGAAACUGUCUCCAACCUAACCCUUAUGGCCCUGGGUUCCUCUGCUCCUGAGAUCCUCCUCUCUUUAAUUGAGGUGUUUGGUCAUGGGUUCAUUGCUGGUGAUCUGGGACCUUCUACCAUUGUAGGCAGUGCAGCCUUCAACAUGUUCAUCAUCAUCGGCAUCUGCGUCUACGUGAUCCCCGAUGGAGAGACUCGUAAGAUCAAGCACCUACGAGUCUUUUUUGUCACUGCUGCUUGGAGUAUCUUUGCCUACAUCUGGCUCUAUAUGAUCCUGGCAGUCUUCUCUCCUGGUGUGGUUCAGGUUUGGGAAGGCCUUCUUACUCUCUUCUUUUUUCCAGUGUGUGUCCUUCUGGCCUGGGUGGCAGAUAGGCGACUGCUCUUCUACAAAUACAUGCACAAGAAGUACCGCACAGAUAAACACCGGGGAAUUAUCAUAGAGACAGAGGGUACCCACCCCAAGGGCAUUGAGAUGGAUGGGAAAAUGAUGAAUUCCCACUUCCUAGAUGGGAAUCUGGUGCCCCUGGAAGGGAAGGAAGUAGAUGAGUCCCGCAGGGAGAUGAUCCGGAUUCUCAAGGAUCUGAAGCAAAAACACUCAGAGAAGGAUUUAGAUCAGCUGGUAGAGAUGGCCAAUUACUAUGCUCUUUCCCAUCAACAGAAGAGCCGUGCCUUCUACCGGAUUCAAGCCACCCGUAUGAUGAUUGGUGCAGGCAAUAUCCUGAAGAAACACGCUGCAGAGAAAGCCAAGAGGUCCGCCCUCAUGAAUGAGGUGCGCACCGAUGAGCCUGAGGACUUUGUCUCCAAGGUCUUCUUUGACCCAUGCUCUUACCAGUGCCUGGAGAACUGUGGGGCUGUCCUCCUGACUGUGGUGAGGAAAGGUGGGGACAUAUCCAAGACCGUGUAUGUGGACUACAAAACAGAGGAUGGUUCUGCCAACGCAGGGGCUGACUAUGAGUUCACAGAGGGCACCGUGGUUCUGAAGCCAGGAGAGACGCAGAAGGAGUUCUCUGUGGGCAUCAUCGAUGAUGACAUCUUCGAGGAGGAUGAACACUUCUUUGUGAGGUUGAGCAAUGUCCGCGCGGAGGAGGAGCAGCCAGAGGAGGGGAUGCCUCCAACAAUACUGAAUAGUCUUCCCUUGCCUCGGGCUGUCCUGGUGUCCCCUUGUGUGGCCACAGUCACUAUCUUGGAUGAUGACCAUGCAGGCAUCUUCACUUUUGAAUGUGACAGUGUUCGUGUCAGUGAGAGUAUUGGUGUAAUGGAGAUCAAGGUUCUGCGGACAUCAGGUGCCCGGGGCACAGUCAUCGUCCCCUUUAGGACAGUAGAAGGGACAGCCAAGGGUGGUGGUGAGGAUUUUGAAGACAUUUAUGGGGAGUUGGAGUUCAAGAAUAAUGAGACUGUGAAAACCAUAAGGGUUAAAAUAGUAGAUGAGGAGGAAUACGAAAGGCAAGAGAAUUUCUUCAUUGCCCUUGGUGAACCGAAAUGGAUGGAACGUGGAAUAUCAGCGCUCCUGUUGUCACCAGAGAUGACAGACAGGAAGCUGACUGUGGAGGAAGAGGAAGCCAAGAGGAUAGCAGAAAUGGGAAAGCCAGUAUUGGGUGAACACCCCAAAAUAGAGGUCAUCAUUGAAGAGUCCUUUGAGUUCAAGAAAUCGGUGGACAAACUGAUCAAGAAGACAAAUCUGGCCUUGGUUGUGGGGACCCAUUCCUGGAGGGACCAGUUCAUGGAGGCCAUCACCGUAAGUGCAGCAGGGGAUGAGGAUGAGGAUGAGUCGGGCGAGGAGAGGCUGCCGUCCUGCUUCGACUACGUCAUGCACUUCCUGACCGUCUUCUGGAAGGUGCUGUUCGCCUGCGUGCCCCCCACGGAGUACUGCAACGGCUGGGCCUGCUUCGUCGUCUCCAUCCUCAUCAUCGGCAUGCUCACGGCCAUAAUCGGGGACCUGGCCUCCCACUUCGGCUGCACCAUUGGCCUCAAGGACUCCGUCACAGCUGUUGUUUUCGUGGCGUGUGGCACCUCUGUGCCAGACAUGUUUGCCAGCAAAGCUGCUGCCGUCCAGGACGCAUACGCCGACGCCUCCAUUGGCAACGUCACGGGCAGCAACGCGGUCAACGUCUUCCUGGGCAUUGGCCUGGCCUGGUCCGUGGCCGCCAUCUACUGGGCCAUGCAGGGACAGGAGUUCCAAGUGUCCGCAGGCACGCUGGCCUUCUCCGUCACCCUCUUCACCAUCUUCGCGUUCGUCUGCAUCAGCGUGCUCUUGUACCGCCGGCGGCCCCACCUGGGCGGGGAGCUGGGCGGCCCGCGGGGCUGCAAGCUGGCCACGGCGUGGCUCUUUGUGAGCCUGUGGCUCCUCUACAUACUGUUCGCCACGCUGGAGGCCUACUGCUACAUCAAGGGGUUCUGAGCCACAGACCAGGCCUCCAGCGGGGCAGGCCUAGGACUUCUCCGAGAGAAGGGCACUUCCCCACCAGGGACCUCCCCGGGAUGAGCAGCCCUGGAGAGGCAACUUCAAGACCUGAGCCCCGGGAACUUCACCCGACUGACACCCUGGCGGUGAUCUGAAAGGGCAGAGUCUCAAUCAAAAAGAAUGGAGGAAACACCCACUUUACCAAGUAUUUAAUUCAGUGCAAACCAACAACAGCAACAAAUCCACCUCCACCCAUCUCCUCACCCAUGCCCCUGACCUAUAGCCAAGGUCAGAUCCCUUCACCGUCUUCUAGUUCGCCUUCUGAUUAUCCCUGUGCUGCUCCCUUCCUGGGGAGCAGGGUUCCUCCUGUCUGUCCAAUUCGAGGCAACACUGUUCUCUCACUCACCUGGCGGACGUGAAAAUAAGUCUUAGCCACGUGGCUGGUUUGGGGUUGUCUUUUCAUUGUAAUCAUUGUCGUGGUUGCUUUCAUUUCUCCACCGGGUUUUGCUCAUCGUUUGUUCCUUUUGUCUUUUCUUUCUGAUGUUGGUGACAGAGGUGCUGUGAGGGAACCCGAGGUCUGAGCCGAUGGAUGGAGGCGUGCAUUUUCAGACACAUUCUCCCAGUCUCGCUGGGUGACAGCUGUCUCUCGGCUCCAUCGAGGACCUGUCCUCCAUCUCCUUUUUUUCUCUGAAUUCUUAAGUAGACUGAUGACGUGGGGUGGAUGUAAGUGUGCCCACCCACGCAGGGCACUAAAGAACAGGGGUGGGGGCUGGAGCAGGAGGAGCUUUAUCUGCUUAGGUCAAAGUCAUGGUUAAAGAAAGAAGUUGUUGUUCUCUCCCUGCCCAAGCCUUUCAGAUUCUGUCUGGUGGUGCCCAUGUCUGUGUUCAUUCUUCUGCAGGAAGACCUACCAAACAGGAGAUAAGGGACAACAAUAGGAAUGUUAUGUGGCAAAGAGUGCAGCUGGGGGAACGAAGGGGUUUUAGCCUUCUUGAGUAUCUUUGGCUUUAUGUCUGAGGCAGGAGAGAAGGGAUGUCCCACCAGUGAGGUCUUUAAGGGGAAAGAUAUUUAAAAUGUCGUUUUUCUGAGAAAGGUCUGCUUCACUACCCCUCACUGUCUGGUGCACUGUACUGAGAGGUCCGACUAUAUUUCUUGAGGAAAUGCAGAAACUUAAAGGUUUGUAAGAAAACAAGGGACUCCUUUCACCUUUCCUGGACCCCCAGGUCACGCGUGAAAGCAUUUUCACAAGAUGGGAAUGGAAAUUCCUCCUGUCUCCCAUGUUCCUGCUUGUUUUUAACCCCCCUGAAGCUCUUCAUCCAGCCUGUGGGCAGUUUCUCACCCCAGUAGGAGGAAUCUUAGCUGCCAUAACCCCAUGGAGCCCGAGUUUAUAGAAGAAGAGAUCGCCGUGCCCUCUAGACCUUCUCCCAACACAUUUUGAAAAGACCUGGCUUUAAAACACACACACACACACACACACACACACACACACGAGAUCACCAUGAAACUGGCCACAGAUCUUCAGGCUUUCUGCAUUGACAUAAAUACAUUUUUUAAGGGGAAAACAAGAAAUGAAAAACAAAAACACCUGUUUAAUUUUAAACACAUUUUUUUAAGAAAAAGAAAUAACUGAAAAGAAACAGUGCUCAUGUCAUAAGCUAUGUUGACAGUUGCCAGUGGAAAUGUUGGGUUGGUUUAAAAAAAAUAAAUAAAAGCUAUACUUAUAUCUCUCUAAACACA